AUGUUCAACACAAUUACUGAUGAUAGCCAUGUGAAAUCGGAAACCAUACAAGAUGUUGCAUUUAAAUUAGUCGAGAAACAAUUAGGACAACUUCAACAACAGCGUGAAUCUAAGGGACGAUCAAUACUGCUAUUGGGCAGUGGAGGCGUUGGUAAAUCAACAAUUAUUAAUAAAUUUCUUGAUCGUGAUGAGAAUCCUCGACCAACAUUGGCUUUACAAUUUUCAUAUGGUCGACGUUCGCGUUCUAGUGAAUACGGGCAAAAACAAGUCCUUAAUAUAUGGGAAGUGGGCUCGUUAAGGAAUACAGAACAACUUGUAGAAGUAACGCUGAAAGGUCAAAAUUUGAGCACUUUUGCUGUCAUUAUUAUGAUAGACUUAUCUCAGCCUCAUUGUAUGUUUGCGGACAUUGAGAAGGCAUAUGGACAUCUCAGAGAUAUUUUAUCGAAGCUCUCGGCUAAUAGUGAAAAGCUGAUCACAAAAAAAACUACGGCGAUGACGGUAGAAAAAAUUCCAUUUCCAGUUGUAAUCGUUGGCGGAAAGUACGACUUAUAUAUGAAUUUCGAACCCGAAAUAAAAAAACAAGUUUGCCGAUGUCUACGCUCCACGGCUCAUUUGAUCGGUGCUGCUUUGUUUUUUUACUCGAGUACAACACAAAAGUUUGUAAAAACUCUUCGUGAUACUAUUAUAUACCUAGGAUUUGGUAGUACAUCUCGUCCAUUCCGGCUGCAAACAACAGACUACAAUGAUGCUCUUUCUAUAUGGUUCGGAACAGAUUCCUGGGAAGAUAUCAAUCGUGGUGAAGUAUUAGAAAACUUACAACAAAUAAAUGAAAAUUUUUCUUCAAAAGUUCCACAACAUCCGUCCCUCAAUGACGAUUCAAUGUCAUCGGCGAACUCAGAACAUGCUAUAGUUAAUCCUAGUAAAGAUCCAGGCUUCUAUGAAAGCGUUAUUGAUGAAAUGCGUGCUCAAAAAGAUGAAGAACUACAACAAAUUGUUCGCGAUACCAAAUUACGUCACAAAUUUGAAACUCUCUCCGACCAUGCAUAACAAAAUGUUCACUUUAAUUAAUGUUUUAUUAACUAAAUAUA